CUUUCCGCAUUGCAUGCAUUAUGCGACGCCAGAAACGUUAAUACACGCUUACCGAGACGUCGCGACGGUGUGUCAGUCGCAGUGACGACUGGUUAGGUGCGGCUGCGUUGUGCAGUGGUGACGGAGUUCGCCUACAACGGCCGCUCUAGUGUUAUUUGUCGUUAAGUCCCAUCACUUCAAGACACCUUGGAACGAACCUGCUUCGCAGAUCGGCCACUUGAGAGGUUUCGCAUUGCGAGUAAGACAUUAGUCAUCCAGUCUAGCUCGACAGUAUUCUACUAUUGUACAGUACUGUUGUGCAGUAUUGUACUCUUGUAUGUUGUGCAGCGUCUCGACAUCAUUCUACUGUUCUACGCGACAGUAUGUUUUGUGCACGCGGCCGCCCCUCCAGGAAGUCUAUCAAGUGAUAAUACACGAGACAGGAAGUCCCUCGAAGAACAGGCCGCUGGACAGUCGAUAGAGGCUCAUUAUCGCGAUGAUAAACCUAAUAACUAAAGUGGUGCUUUUGCUUCUGGCCCACGUAAUAAUGGUGAAGGGCGCUACAAACGCAUCUAGCGGCGAUGGUGUGAUGACAGCUGCACCGCGCGCAAUGACUACUGGCGUCAACGAGGAUCACACUGACUUUGUGCAACUUCUACGUGAUGCGUUAGCUCAAGGUUUCGACAGCAUUCCGACUUCUAUGAAGGCGAAGUUGCUCGGAGCCGACGUGACAGCCAAGUGCCGAGUGGGCCUGUUGAAAACACUGCGUGGCUUUCUCAACCUCGAGCCGUGGGCUGUAAGACUUUUCGACGCGUCUGGGAAGUACCCCACGGGCGUGCUCCAAGGCGCACGUGCUGACAUUGGAGCCUUCGACGAGUGCCUCGACACAGUAGUGCACGAUGCAUACGGACAGUUACUCACCCGGGGCCAAUACUGCAACCUCGUAUUCUACGUCAAGAACAGCACAGCCAUGGAAAGCAGUAUUGAUGUUUUGUUAGAUAUCAUGCACCCGAAGUUUCUGUACUUCAGGAACUACUACAUUAUGGAGGACGUUGCCCUUGGUCGCAUAGGAAUUUGCUUCAUAGAAGAUUGUGGCCAACACGACCUACAAGCGCUCGUGGACACACUGACACCGUCAUUCCUGCGUCUUGAAGUGUCAAAUUGCGUAACAUCUUCAGCGGAACCUUGGACUGUUACGCAAAUUACGAUCACGGUUUUUCUUGGUGUUCUUCUAGUCCUCAUCAUAUUGGCUACAACGAUAGAUCAUAUCAUGAACAGCAGGAGGAAAAGCAGCAAGAGACAAGGUACGCUGCUGGAAUUCGCUGCGGCUUUCUCUGCCACUGCCAACACACGUGACUUGCUCAAAGUGGCCGACAAGGCGAACACGGACCAGCACGCUAUGCAGUUUUUUCAUGGCUUGCGCUUCUUGUGCACCACUCACAUCGUGAUCGGCCACUUCUACACGACUCUCUCCGACUCUUGGACACCUUUGCUGAACAUGUUCAUCUCUUCUGGCGAAUGGACCCACAUGAUUACCACAGCCGGAUUCAACAGUGUGGAUACAUUCUUUUUUCUCAGGUGGCUCUGUCGUUAA